CUACGGUCUUGACAGAGCGCGCAUCUCAAAAUCGAAGCAUUGGAAUGGCGCAAUGCGACGUUCAAUGAAAGUCAAUUGUUUUGCGCAUGCAAUCUAAGCCUGCUUCAGAAAUUACCAACUACCACAUUCCGAGGUCGCAUACAGAAGCUUCUCGAACAUCCUACGCUAUUGAUCACCCGCGCGCUACCGCUUGCGCCUGCAUACUUAUCCACGGACGGUCUCUGUCGUGAUUGCAGGUUGUCGGUACUGACGCCGACAUCAUUACUAUCCAAACUUCAAGUACGACCAGCCCAACUUGAAAAUCACCAAUACGCCUGCGACACACACGCAGUCCAGAAUUGAGGGUAGAGCCUACGACCAAGUGGAGCUGCGCCCAGCUCACGUGCUCAUUGGAUCUGAAGCACUUUCACCACAUCAAAGAUGGUUGCCGACACAAGGCUCUACGAUCGUCUCGGCGUGUCGUCAACUGCCACAAACGACGAAAUCAAAAAGGCAUACCGGAAGAAUGCACUUAAAAAUCACCCCGACAAGAAUCCCGCAGGCGCGGAGAAAUUCAAAGAAGCCUCGGAAGCAUACGAAAUCCUGUCAGAUGCAGACAAGAGGAGAAAUUAUGACAAUUACGGCUACGACUUCGUGAUGGGGAAAGCUGGGCCGCCGCCCGACUCCUCUGGUGGUGGGAAUCCUUUUGGAGGAGGCAUGCCAGGUGGGAUGGGAGGCAUGCCAGAAGGAAUGGGCGGUAUGCCUGGAGGAUUUGGUGGGAUGCCGGGCGGUGCUAGUUUCCGAUUCAGCACUGGUGGAGGAGGCAGAGGAGGUAUGCCGCGCGCUGCUGAAGAUAUCUUUUCACAUUUCAUGCAGGAUGGUGGUAUGGACGGCGAGGAUGACUUUUUUGCCUCGCUGGGAGGGAGGGGUGGUUUCGGCGGGGCAUUUGGCGGUCGAUCCAGCCGUAAGCGUGAGCCCCAAUUGGAGACCACAGUGGUUGAGAAACCAUUAGUCGUCACACUCGAGGACAUUUUCAAUGGAGUCUCCAAAAAGCUCAAAGUUGCGCGCAAGACAUAUGAUCCUCAAACAGGAGUGCAACGACUCGAGGAUAAGAUUCUCAGCGUACCGAUCAAACGCGGCCUAAAGGCAGGAAGCAAGAUCAAGUAUCCUGACAUGGGCGAUCAGGUCGAGGGAGGCGUGCAGGAUCUUCAUUUCAUCGUCAAGGAGAAGCCUCAUGUUCUCUUUGAGCGUGACGGCGACGACAUUAUUCACAAUGUGGAGAUCUCCCUCAAGGAAGCGCUCACAGGCUGGAGACGGACGGUGCAAACGAUUGACGGAAAACAAGUUUCGGUCGAGAACACAGGACCAACACAGCCCGAUUGGACCGAAAAAUUCCCCGAUCUCGGUAUGCCGAAGAGCAAGUCGCCCAAUAUCCGCGGAAAUUUCAUCGUCGGAGUGAAAAUCAAAUACCCAACAAGUCUGACUGCGCAGCAAAAGCAACAACUGAAAGAAAUUCUAUAAGAUUCUGGGAAUUUUGGGUUUGGAAUACGGUGUAGACGGCGCGGAGGAUUUGAGGGUAUUUCGUUUCACAUGCAGGAUCGAUGCCUUGUCGGGCUUUAUGGGCGCAAGGCGAAGAGUGAUUUAGCGUUUCUUUACUACCGCAUGAGAGGCACGUCAGGAAAAGUCUCCGGGUAACGUCCAAAACGAGCUAUUGAUUUAUGAAUACGAAAACGAAAACAAUUCACAUGGUUGACCUCCUUUUGUGGUGACGAUUAACGAAUGUCAAAGAUUGUAUCCCUGA